AUGUUCGGCGCGGUAAAGGUGAGCGGAGUGAAGGAGAAGUCUAAGAAGUCAAAGCAUCGUCAUCAUCACCACCAUCGGGAGAGGGACGCGGAAGCUGAGCCCCGCGACGACUCUGCUGGACUACGGGACAGUGAGUCUUCGAAAAGUGAGGGGGGUCCCAAGCGGGAUCAGUGGAUGACCGGUGGCAGCGCUGACCCCACGGCGGACCGGUUGGCUGCAAUGUUUGAAAUAGGAAAAAUGGCGGUUCCUCGAAUGGAAAGGAAGGCGGCGGAGCGGAGGGCUGAGAGGGAGAGGCUCAGGAAGGAAUCUGAUGAGCGCAUGAAUAAAAUUGACCUUGCUAAUGAUGAAGGUCUCUCCGAGCGAGCUCAUAUGUCGGCAAAGGCCAAGGCGACAGACCCAUGGGCCUUACCCGAGAGUUGUCUGGUCAACUCUGGUGGGCGCCGAUGGCAAGCUCGGGCAGCGAGACGGCGACGGGAGUCUGAGCGGGACUCUGGUGCCUCUGAGACGAGUUCUAGGGAGAGGAGACAUAACGAUAAUGAUGACGGUCGGUCUGGGCAUCGCGGUGAGGGGAGGAGGAGGGGCUGGGGUAGGAGUGGGAGCCGAUCGGGGGAGGAGGAGAAGCGCCGACCACGCGGCAGAGCCCCUCGAGAUGACCUGGCCCAGCUGGCUGAUAAGUACCAUGGUGAGCGAGACGGAAGCGAAGGGCGUGUGGAAGAGGUCUGUCCUAAGGAGCAAGUUGACGCGGACGGCCUGGAUGCCAACGAGGUCUCGGCAGCAGCUAUGAGGGCCAUGCUAGCUGGGAACAUGCAGGAGUACGAGCGGCUCAACUCAUUGAUGGUUACCAAGACGGUUGUGGUCGAUGAGACCCUGAAGGGCCAGGGGGCACUGGGAAGCGCCGGGUCGAGUCGGGCGAAGAUGCUUUCUGUGAGGGAGGAUAAUAAGGAUGAGGACAAGAUGGACGUCUCGGAGCUCCUUCGACAGGAGAGGGCUGGUCGAGGGGUCAGAAGUGGUGAAUACGACAAACACCUGGCGGAAAAUAUCAGGAAGAACAAACGGUUCCAAGGAAGCGCCGAUGAAGAUGAGUAUUUUGGGGCUACCGAGCUGGGAGGAGGCGGUGAGAAUCCUAUGGAGAGCAUGCCGGCUGAGCUGUCCAGGGAGAGGAAACGUAGAUAUAGGGGGACGAGAUGGGUGUCGGAGGAGAAGAGGAGGAAGGAGGAGAGGGGCGAGAGACGGGCGGCUAGAAGGACCCAGCGUGAAUGUGAUCUAUGUAUGGAGCACUCGAGCUGGGCCCGCAAUCGCGAGGAGAAGCUAAUCGCAGUGAGCCCGAGAGUAUACAUAUGCAUGGCCAACUACAAGUCAACGCUACUGCAAGGGCAAUUGAUCAUAGUGCCUCAAAACCACUGUGCGUCGCUGAGGACGGCUGAUGAGGAGACGGCUGAGGAGAUCAGAAACUACCAGAAGUGUCUCGUACACUACUACGCCACGUUGGACCCUCCUUGCGUACCGGUAUUCAUCGAGACGGUGAAAACCCCUCCCCAAAAUGAUGACGUGAUGGCUCUACUGGGCGGGGGAGCUCAUACGACUAUGCAGUGCUUCCCCAUACCACACGACAGGGUCAAGGAACUCGAGUCAUACUUUCGCCAGGGCAUGAGCUUGAGUGGUGACACGUGGAGUAACCAGCCGAAAAUAGUCGAAUGCAAAGGGCGGAGCGAUGUCAGCAGUUCGGGCAUACCGCCGUCUUCUCCGUACAUGCACGUUGAUUUCGGCCUGCAAGUGGGCCUAGUACACAUAAUCGACAAGGCAAAGGAGUUCCGUUGGGACUAUGGACUGCAAACCAUCGCUGGUAUGCUCGAAAUCGACAAGCUCAGUCUGGUGCACUACGAUCAGCCUGGCAACGGUGGUGAGGAAAAAUACAAUAAGGAUAUGAAAGUGUUGAGGAAAGCCUUCGAAGCAUUCGACUGGGCAAAGGGCCUGGCGUGACCCUU